AUGGCCAAUCCCGUGAUGCCCAAGAUGCCGGGUUACGUCUUUGACGAUCCAUCGUUGAAGCCGUACCAUGGCAAGGCGCAAACACUCCGAAAUGGGCAGGUGGACUCGGUACCGCGCGGGAGCUCGGCCGUCGCGGACGAACCCGUCGAUAUUGAAGCCUUGGCUCAGGCAACCAAGCGUCUUACAUACAACACAACAACCCGCUCCACCACAGAGCAGGCAGUCCCCUCAACCGAGCACAGCGAGCCGGCACCCCCACCUGCACACGUGGCCCUGGACAAGGUCGUUCUCACUUUUGACGGCUACUUCAAGGAGACAAUCCACGAAUCGGCCGACGAGCACUACCGCGUCCGCUUUGUCAAGGUGUUUUACUUCCUCGAGGAUGACACCAUGGCUGUCCUUGAGCCCGCAGUCCCCAACAGUGGCCUGCCUCAGGGCAAGCUCAUUCGCCGUCAGCGUUUGCCAAAGGACAGCGAGGGCAAUACCUAUCUCUGGUCCGACCUGGGCGUGGGCGUCAACCUGCAGGUCUACGGUCGCGUCUUUCGUCUGACCGACUGCGAUCAGUUUACGCGCCGCUUCUUUGAGGAGCAGGGCGUGACCUUGAAUGAAGCCGAGCCUCAGCCUGUUGACCCCUAUGCACUUAAGCGCAAGGUCGUUGAGCAGCCCAGUACCCUCAGCACAACGCCCAGUGACUUUGACAAGCUCAAACAAUUUGUAACCCUGGACCGCAAGGUGCUGCGCGUCUACGCCGUCUGGGACGACACAGCCUCACUCCACGGCUCCCGUCGCACUUAUACGAUUCACUACUUUUUGGUGGACGACACCGUCGAGGUGCGCGAGCAACACGUGCCCAAUGAUGGGCGUGAUGCGUUCCCACUGCUGCUACGCCGUCAAAAGGUGCUGCGCAACCACCGCGACCUGCCAGUCGAGUUUCCCAGCAUUGUCAUGGAGCCAUCGGCAUCGGAGAACAGCGACUACAUUGGCCCCGCUGACUUGCUCAUUGGACAGACCGUGCACAUCAUGGGUCGUGACUUCUUGGUCUACGACUGUGACGCCUUUACACAAGAGUUUUUCCGCCGCAACUUUGGCGUCGAAGACCUGACGCCCCUGGAUAUCAGUGAGCCGGGCAAGCCAGUGCCCAAGGCCCCCGUGCCAUCCCAUACGGGCUUUGGUUCCGAAGAGGACUCAUUGCAGAGUGUCUUGGCACUCAACCCACGGGCACCCAAAUCCAACAUGAAUAAACUUCUCAAAUACGACAAGCAGGUUCUCCGCUUCCGAGCCCAGCUGGAUACCAAGGACGUGACCGACGUGGACCGCAGCUUCAUCAUCACAUAUACCCUAGCCUCUGAUCAAAUUUCCAUCUUCGAGCCAAAGAGUCGUACCGCCAUGGGCGGCAAGUUUCUCGAGGCUCAAAAGAUUCGCCGGCCCGGUGGCGCAGUGCCUCCGGUGUACUACAGCGAGGGUGAUCUCUAUCCGGGCGCCAAGCUACAGGUGUUUGGCCGAACCUUUUUGCUGGGCGAGUGCGACGAGUUUGUCUAUACGUUUGCUCAGGAGCACCCAGAGCUGUAUGGGCCCGAGGGGCGCGCGGCCUUUGGCUUGUCGGCUUAAAAAAAAAAACUCUGUCAUGCUCCCUUGUGGAAGGCCCCAACGUUUGCACGCGCCUCUUAUCCGGUCGCUGGCACGGGGGCUUUGUUCGAUUGCGGCGCGAUCUUUGCCAUAGACGUCCUUUUGGUGGCCACGUCAUGUUGUCUGUAGUGGUGUUUUCUCUUUUCUUUUUCUUUGUACAUUUCUCGUUGUAGUCGCCAUUCUGUUAACCCAGUAUUUGAGCCAUGGAAGAGGCUAUCUGCCUCGGGGGUGCCGUUUGUUGGUUGCCUGCUCGCAUAGACAUUGCUGUCCAACAAGGACCUUGGUGUCAUACGCGUGUGAACCUUGAGCAAAUUAAUCCGCAUAAU